GCGCGUGACAAGGCUAUGGCAGGGCGCAGAGGAGAAUAUUUAUUUUUUCUCUUCAAGUAAGUUACCUUGAGAUAUGAUCAACUGGCUACAACCUUCUCCAAAGAGUCCUCUAAGUGGGAAUCUUUUCAUGCGCGCGUCUUCAUGUCGUCAGAUUUGUAAAUUAAAGAGCUGCGCGUUUUUUUGUGGACUCCUCGGUCAUUAGAGGACUGAAUGUGAAUUUAUGCCAAUAUCGAGCCACUCUGGGAUAUACAUAAAGCGCGCACAGCCGGGAUGGAUUCGUUUAACGCCAGCGGAAUGGACGCGUACUCGGUGAUCCAUCUGAAUUCCUCCUGGAGUCUGGACAGUGGAUAUUCUUUAGGGGCGAUAGCCAGCAUUGCUGCUCUUGUAAGUUUUCUCAUUCUCUUUACCGUUGUUGGGAAUAUUCUGGUGGUUAUUGCGGUGUUGACGAGCAGGGCGCUGAAAGCGCCACAGAACCUUUUUCUGGUGUCCCUGGCCACCGCGGACAUCCUGGUCGCCACUCUGGUGAUGCCGUUUUCCCUGGCGAACGAACUUAUGGGCUACUGGUAUUUUGGUAAUGUUUGGUGCGGUAUUUAUCUGGCUUUGGAUGUUCUAUUCUGCACUUCGUCUAUUGUCCAUCUGUGCGCAAUAAGCCUGGACCGCUACUGGUCCGUUACGCAGGCUGUAGAGUACAACCUGAAGCGGACUCCCAAACGCGUCAAGUGCAUCAUCGUAAUUGUGUGGCUUAUAUCUGCUUUCAUCUCAUCUCCGCCGCUCCUAUCUAUAGACAACAACACUAAUAUCAGUGCUCAGCCUCAGUGCGAGCUGAAUGAUGACACUUGGUACAUCCUCUCCUCCAGCAUCGCGUCAUUCUUCGCCCCGUGCUUAAUCAUGGUGCUGGUGUAUAUCAGAAUAUACCAAGUGGCCAAAACCAGAACAAGAACCAUGUCGGGGAAAAAUCUCAGGCCUGAUGGUGUUACACAAACUGAGAACGGACUGAGCAAAGCCACCUCCCCUUUCCAUGGCGAGAGGGAGAACGGUCACUGUCAGUGCCCGCCGACGCCCAGCCAACGCACCGUCACCGUCGGACAACAGACUGAGGAUGCUGACAUGGAGAGCUCCUCCUCGGAGGGCAAAGGUCACAAACCCCAGCAGGAGGAGUCCAAGACAGCCAAGAGGGCCAGCCACAAGAAGAGCUCCCUCUCCAAACAACCCACACGCAUCUCCAGAGUCAGUAACAAAUCAAUGGACCUCUUCACCUCCAGGAGGAAACGUCGCCGGAGCUCCUUGGCCAGAAAGAAGGCCUCUCAAGCCAGGGAAAAGAGGUUUACAUUCGUCCUGGCUGUGGUCAUGGGGGUGUUUGUUGUGUGCUGGUUCCCCUUUUUCUUCAGCUACAGCCUGUACGGUGUGUGCAGAGACUCCUGUAAGAUCCCCGACCCGCUCUUUAAAUUCUUCUUCUGGAUCGGCUACUGUAACAGCUCACUCAACCCCGCCAUCUACACCAUCUUCAACCGGGACUUCAGACGCGCCUUCCAGAAGAUCCUCUGCAAGUCGUGGAAAAAGUCCUUUUAGAUCUGAAGCCAAAGCGCUGGACCCACCGUGACAAUCUCAAAGGGUUUAUCAGAGUGAAUUUUGAAAGAAAAAAGAAUCCUGUUUUGUCUAUUCCUGCCAAUCGUUACUGUUUCGUCUCAUUGUCCUGUUGUAAUUCAGUCAUGGCAGUGCACACCGUCAACCACCUACUGGGUGUCUCUACAAGGUCUGAUUAGUGAGCUCCCCCUUUCUUUUAUUCCUACUGAUGUGUGCUGUAAUGCUUUAUGGUGUGUGAUCAUUAUCAAGCUCUUUAUACAUCCACAAAAGAUACACGUGGCCGGAUUUAUCUGCUUGGAGACCCCAUAGCAAAAAUGGCCUCCUGGGCCGUGGUUAACCCCACUAAGUUACUCCCACUCACUCUGUAUGAUGUGUACACUUUUUCUAUAAUUUUUGUGAUAGAAUACUUGUUCACAGAUUUGCUGGUGGUAACAUAUUUAUUUAGAAAUAUGUAACAUAUACAUAAACACAAAACUGAAAUAAUGAAGGUUUUAAAACUAGAUUUUGAAACAAGGAAUCCUUUUCCAGACAGAGCAUUAAGCCGUGAGUUAGAGGAGAAUAUAACCCUACUAUCUCUGUAAAUAUGUUAGCUGGAGCCAGCACCUAGUUAGCCUAGCUUAGCAUAAAGACUGAAAACCUGUAGAAACAGCUAGCCUGAAUAUCUCCAAAAGGUAACCAAAUGUGCCUCACAGCACGUCUAAUGCUCACUUUAUAUCAUAGUUUGUUGAAUGCAUACAGAAACCGAAGCAUAAAAACAACAAUUCGUUGUUUUACAGGGGAUGUGCUUAUCUUGGUUGGAAGGAGUUGCUAGGCAACAAGUGGAGACUCCAUUAAGUUAAUGUUCUUGUAAAACUGUUGUUUUUACACCGCAGAUUUUGUACGGAUUAAACAAAAAAAGAUACAACAUGUUAAUUAGUGCGCUUUGUUAUCUUCGAAUAGAGCUAACGGACUGCUGUCUCCAGCUACAUUACAGUACGAGGUACAAUUUCCCAAAAUGUCUAUUCCUUUAAAACUAGGCGAUGAAGCACAACCCAUCAUAAGGUCCCUUAUCAUGUCAGUGUUGUGCUUUAAUUCAGCAUAUUGGUGGAAAAAAAAGGGUUUUAAUUCAUCAAACCAGUUCACACACAAUACGGCCGGAGCUAUUGGAGCAGCCGUCUACUCAGCCCAGAUUGAUAAUCCAGCACACACACACACACACACACACACACACACACACACAGCAAUGGUUUCCAGCCCUUUUCACUUGUUUCCCCUGAAAAUAAAUGUACAGUUCAACCACAUUGAUUCUAUACCUUCUCAAAUUAUUUAAUUACAAUUUUGAAUUUAGAAGCCUAUCUAUUUUACAAGUAAAUGGGAAUUGUUGGAGAGUCAUGAAGUGUAAAUGAACCCUCAGAUUUAUUUUGUCUGACCCUCGGAAAUUAACUUUGUGGAUAAAAGUUAAUGUGCUUUUUUUUUGUUCCGUUUACCAUGAAGUUGUUGGCCGUGUCAGCUUUUACAGCUUCUUUUAAGCGCCUCUGCUGUGAAAAUAGUAUGAGAGAAGGACAAAUAAAUUAGCAGUGUUUUUCAACACCUGGGUGCUUUGAGUGUAUCCGUGCAAUCACAGCAUCAUCAUAGUAAUUCAGGCCACAGCUGAGAAAUGGUAAAGCACAACAGUUGACUAAAUCACUACAGAGUCUUUGUUCUGAUCUCUGACUGGACCUUAAAGAUUUGAGACUGCACUGAGGACGGCUGAUGUUUUCACAGGGCUUUCACAGUGGCCAUAAACUAUGUGUAUCAAGGAACAAGUAUCAAGAACAUUUUUUCCAGAAUCUACCUCUCUGUUUGUUUAGUUUGUGUUGUUUUUUUGUUGACAUUUUGCA